AUGAGGGCUUCAGCCAGAGAGGUCGCUGUAUUCAUUUUUAUUUUUUCUAUCAGAUGGCUGUGUGAGUCAAUAAACUCCUUCUGGCUGGCAACAAAGCGACCUCCUCCUCGUCAUCAUUUGUCAACACAACACAACGCAGAAGUUUUAUCUAGCCAGGGGUCAGAAAGACACCGGCUACAAUGGUGCCGUGACCCGGAUGCACACCGCUUCAGCGUAAUUCAUCUUCUGGAGCUGUGGAUCAAUGCCAAUUUGCCAAGUGUCCUGGGAUUGCUCUUUUCGUUUGCGGUAGAGGAAUACGGCAAGGACAACUGUGACAAUGAAGAGUGUGGUGAUAGUGACAACGAUUGCAGCGACUGCAGUGGUUGUCAGCAAUUGUGGACUGCUCACAUUGUUGGCCAGGGGCAGCGAACAGUCCAGGUGAAGGUCACAGUGUUUGGUGCCCACCAUACUUUCCACCGUGCAGCGAUAGCUUCCACACUGCCGCUCGGUGAUGUUGAAAUGCAUGGUGGCUCCUGUGAGGUCGACAAUGGCCUGUGUAGGCAUGACCUGAUUUCCACUGGUCUUGGACCAGAUGUAAUGCAAAGGUGGGGUGCCUUGCAGAGAGCUGCAUUUCAGCAUCAUACUGUUGUCUUCUUCGUCCACACUGCACAGAGGAUGACUGGGUGCCUCUAUGACUGUCAGGUCUAA